CUUUCUUCGUGAUUUGUUCGACGUUGACAAAUAUUCUUACCUUCGUAAUGGCACGAUAUGCAAUCAUCAUCCCCUUCGGAUCUCCAACGACCAAUACUCGUUCCAGCUGCUGACAGCAGUUUGAACGUCGCGUUGGACUCCUCCAACCUCAUCCACAGCAGGAAGAGGAAAAGCAACGAUAUUGAGCCCGACAAUAAUGGCUCGCAAUCAGAUGUCUUCGCUGCGAAGCUACUCUCUCCGAAGCAUGCAACGCUCAAAUUCGCGCCGGUAACGCUUGUCGCUCGAGCAUGUCUCCCGUUAGCAUGGCUCAACACCUCCAGUGGUGCUUGCGGCAUGAUCUUUGAAGCGGCCAUUCUCUCUGUGGAAGAAUGGGAACAACGCAUCCUGCUCGUGCGUCAAAUCCCCAAUGGCGGUCUCUAUGCCGUUGAGCGGAUUGGCCAAGAUGUCUAUGUUGCAUGUGCGUUGCACAACUUGGUUUUGGAACCAUGGUGCCAUGAUGCCGCAAUUGGAAAGGUAGCAGAGGUCAAAGUUGAGGAAUUACUACGGGGAGAGGGAGAUGGCGGUCCUCGCAUUUGUCAUACAAGAACAGGAUCAUUCUCGAGUUUGACAGCGUUGCCCACUCCGAAGAGUCCCAAGAAACCAACAAAUCGACGCGGUGCCUUAGCCAGGAUGUCAAUCUUGAAGACCAAGGAGCGCGCCGUCGUGCACGGCUCCGUCGCUUCAUCGAGCUCUCCUGGCCUCCUUCAGCCGAUGACUACGGCUUCUUUGGAUGAUCUGGCUGGUCAGGAUAUGGUUCAGAUCACCAUCCCCGACGCCAUUAUACAAUCACCAUCUAUUCCAUCCUCCUUUGUGUCGGAUAGACCCAUAACAGUCAGCCACAGCGCGGAGAUGGGCUUGCGAAACCCAGUCGACAACACUGUUCCACUAAAUGAGGCUCUUCCUUCUGUACCCGCGCCUCUUCCUACAUCUCAAAACCCUUAUACUGACAUGGACCCUACGGGGCACGAGCGACUCCGCACACAGUAUUUUGAGCACCUGUAUACUUCUAAAACCUCCCUGGCAUUUUACGUCAAAGGACCACUGAGUCGGGCGCGAGCACAUGUGCGGUCAGGGGGAGAUCCUGCAAAAGCAAUAUCCGAACUCUCCGAAUUUUAUGAGCAAAGUAUAUUGCCUACAAAGAAAAUUGAUCUCAAAUACAAGGAAUCUUUGGCGAAAAUCAUCAAAGAACUGCCAUCAAGGGCCCUCGAGCAGGAAGGAGAAGAUUUCAUUGGACAAGACGCAACUCAAAAGAAGAAAAGGUCUCGGAAGAAGAAAGCGAAGCUGGGUAAGGAUUGUCUAUGGCCCGAUGAGGAGGACUUCGUUGCGAAGUGGUGGCGUGGCAGAGAUUUGAAGGCGAUGAGCCAUACAGCGGCUAAACAAGCCGAGGAGAUGCGGAAAGAAUUCGCAGACUUGCGUAUGCGAGAAAGUGAGAUGCAAAUGCUUCUAAUUUUAGAGGCCAUGUUGCUCGAACUCGCAGGGUCACGGCUCUCUGAGAUUGCGAAGCCAGUGCAGGCAACGGAUCCAGACGUCAAAGUCGAGUCGAUCGAGGACGACAACAACGAGAUUUUGGCCACAACUCCAAAAAGGCCACCAAAGGAGAAGAAGCGGCGCAACUGGUCGAGUGAGAUCGAUACCAUUGUCGACCGUCUAUGUAUCUGGCACACUGUCAGCCUUGACGACCUCGCUGCAGCAGAUGACAGAAGCCAGAACAAUGGCAGCACCACCGCCUCUUCGAAACCUAAUGACGCCCUCAAGGACUUCUGCAAGAACGUCCUCCUCCCGUUCUACUCGACCAAACUUCCCGAGCAAAUCAAAUCAGUAUCCCGUAAGCUCGGCGGACCCGAAAUUUCGCCCAAGCGAUCCAAAGAACCUCAUCCAGCACCUGCAGUGACUCUGCAUAAGUCGUCCUCAGUAUCAUCACUCAUGAAGUCCAAACCAGCGCGGCCGCUGGCCAAACGGACUCUCGAAAGGGUUCUCAGUGAGGACCACCAACUCAAUCGCCACACCUCUCCGCCAACUACCUUGUCCCGCGGUUCAUCCGUAGUAGCCUCCAUGACGCAUAACCCUAUAAUUCCAGCUCUAAAGCGCGAACCCUCGGAGAGGCCGGUCUCUCGCGGGGGCAAUCUAUCAAAGUCGCUCUCUUUCAGCAAUCGCGAAAUCGACCUUGCUGCAGAUCAAAAAGCACAUGAGCUGAAACGGCGCAAGCUUGACCGGUUGGCUCAGCAAAAGAAGGAAUUGGAGGCCGCGAUUGAUGCGCUUAAGAAGCCUGAUCGCAGGACCGUGGCGGGUCUGUUCAUGGACGAGGUAGAGGACAGGAAGAGUAAGGACAAGGAGAGAAGAGCAGCAGUCCAGAUAUCUGCAACCCCCAGGGCGAGGAGGAUCAAAGAGUCCAUGCAGGAGCCAGAGUUGCCGCAACCGCCAAAAUUGACGGUUCAGGGACAAGAUCCGGCGACGGUAAUUCCUUCGUCAACGAUCAAGCCUCGGCCUGUACGUCUUGGAAUACCGAGCUCAAACAGCACCACAAGGUCGUCAGCCACAAAACGAGCAGUCCUUGCAGCCAUCCAUGAGACGCCAUCACGCGGGACUGAAAAGAAAACCUCAAAUCCGCUGAACUUGCCUGGGCUUUGUCCCCCUUCAGCGAACGUGGUCGACGGAUUCACGAUCGCAGCGACCCCAGCAUCUAAAGGAACAAAUCUAGGUAGGGAAAGCGUGCUUUUGUCUGACCUCGAUGCUCCUUCCGGGUCACCAGGGCAGAUUGGUCGUUUUGACGAGAUCGACAGCGGGCAAAACUUGCACAUGACUCGGUCGCGCCGGCCAGUUCUGUUCACGCCGGUGAAAAGGUCUGAAGUGCCGCUGGACCAUGUAUUCCGGGACGCACCAGAGAUUCCUGAGCAGGCCGGACGCAUGAUGGAUCGAGUCAUGGGCGGCAAGGGGCGCGGCAUGAUGGACGACAGCUUUCAGUGGUCGCAAAGCACUGAUGGUUUGACGAAGACGCCUGGACGAUGGUCUGUUGAGCAGAAGGACGUGCGCACGGAGGAUGCUGAGGAGGGUGAUAUUUACGAUAAAUUGGGUUGGAAUGAUGACUUUGACCUGUGACGAUGACCCGACGGGUGUUUUAUAUAGAUUGUGAAGAACCCCCGCAGCUGCGGAGGAUUGAUGAAUACCAUGAACCAGAAUGACUGCAUCAACGAGUUGGGC